ACAUUCCAUCUCAAACCGUCUCCUAGCGGAGCGGAGGCCGUGAUUUGCGGACGAACAUGAUCGGUCGUCAGGCAAAGACCCUGAGAGUCAUGGCGUCUUUCUGCUUCGAGUUAGGUUGGGUCCUAUCCGCCCUGCCAUGCCACCGUGAAACAGCUCAAUGGCCGUAUUGCUCAACGGCCCGACUUUGAACAACGCAGAAACAUUGACGCACAAUUUCCACGCUCAUUCAGCGUGCGGACCGAACGCAACAUGUAUAUGAUAACCCAGCUAUAACGGGCUUAAUAUGUUUCGAACGCUUCCAUGGAGAUCCGGAGGGGUAGGUUUAUAUGGCCAAUAUAGGUAGGGAAAAAACGAUGCACCAGUCAAUCGUUCCUACAUUCGUUUUCUUCAGUUUUCGUGCCUUUGCGCACCUAUCCAUUCUUUCUUAGAGCACCGCUCGUCCACAUUCAUUUCUGUCUGAUCAAUACUCAUCUUGAAGAUGAAGCAUUUUCAACAAUUACUCGCCGCCGGAGCGGGCUUCUCUUCGGUAGCGCACGCCGUCAACACUCUCGUCGAUGUUGGCUACGCAAAGUAUCAGGGAGCCGUCGUCGACUCAGAGCUUGGUGUUUCUGCUUGGAAAGGCAUCCAGUAUGGUGCACCACCUACUGGCGAGCGCCGAUUUGCAGCACCGCAAGACCCUAUCGUCUCCGGUUUCAUCAACGCCACUAGACACGGUGCAACAUGCCCACCCAGCCGUCCUGACGAUUGGACUGUUUCCGGAACCAACGACCGCUUCACCAUUGCUGAAGACUGUCUUUACCUGAGCGUGUAUGCGCCUUCCAAGGCCCGCGUCGACUCGAAGCUACCAGUUGUGGUGUUCUUCCAAGGAGGUGGCUUCUCGUCGCAGUCUAGCGCGAACUGGGAUCCCACUGAGAUCGUAGCAGAUGGCCAGGUCGUCUUUGUUCAAUUCAGCUACCGCGUCGGCUUGUACGGCUUCCUCAGCAGCGAAGCGGUCAAAGCAGGAGGUGGCGAUGUCAACGCUGGGCUGCGCGACCAGAUCAAGCUUCUCGAGUGGGUCAAGGAGCACAUCGACCAGUUCGGUGGUGACCCAGACCAUGUUGUUCUUGACGGAGUCAGUGCUGGUGGAUCGUCUGUUGCGCUCAUGAUGGCAGCCAACACGGGCAAGAAGCUGUUUGCUGGCGGUAUUAUGGAGUCGGGUGGCUGGGUCACGAUGCGCACUCCGGAAUUGGGCGAGGAACAAUACCAGUGCUUGCUCGAAGACAAGGGUUGCGCCAAUGCGACGGACGGCCUCUCCUGUCUACGUGCGUUGAACGAGUCAGCUAUUCGUUCUUCCAACUGCUGGUUCAACCCCAACAUCGAUGGCGACCUCUACACCGACUCGCUUGUGAACCUCUUCGACCAGGGCAAGUACGCAAAGGUACCGACGAUCAUGGGCACCUGCGCUCAAGAAGGCACCAAGUACAACGCGCCAGAAGAUCUCAACACUACAGCCGAUGCAGUCAAAUGGGUAGCCAACCAAGACCCAAGCUUGAGCAACUCUUCCAUCUCGAUCAUCGAUGAUCUCUACAUGAAGCCCGCGAAGCCUUCAUUCCCCGGCAAGGGACUCCACUGGCGCCACGCUGCUGACGCCAUCGGUGAUAUCGGAACUCACUGCCCAACCCGCAACAUCCAGAACGCGAUCGCACGCGACGACGUACCCACGUACAACUACAAGUAUGCUGUACAGGACCCAGCCGACGAGGCAGCCGGCUAUGGCGCUUGGCACACCGUCAACGCAUACGCUUUCUGGGGCGUAAACCGCACCGACGGCGGUGAACCACCUAGCUACUUCACCACCAACGCGCCCAUCAUCAAGCAAGUGCGCAGCUACUGGACCAGCUUCAUCCGCAACCUUGACCCCAACACUGACCGCGCUAACCGUGCUGCUGAGUGGAAGCCGUACACUGGUGCCGAUUCGCGCGAAAGGCUCUUCAUACAGACGAACAACACGAAGAUGGAGCGCAUGAGCCCUGCGCAGGCACUGAGGUGCGACGUUGUCAGGCCGAUGAGCGAUAACCUCGGCAAGCCGGUUGGAAAGGGUGUCGUUACGGAGUUUGAUGUGGAGUUGGCGAAGAAGGUUAAUGGGACGAGUGAGAGUACCGCGUGGAAGAAGGGGAAGAAGCAGGCAAGGAACUUUGCGCUACACUACUGAGCGAUAGACGCUAGAUCAGUCUGUCUGUUUUCUAACUGAGCUUCAUGGCAUCUUGCCUGGCCGCUGUAUGCAUUCUUCAACCUGUAUUCUAUUCUACUUUUCUUAGCUCCGGCAAUGGUCAUGUAGCCAUGUCCCCCCUGUUCGUACAUAACUUUGCACUUCCGCAUGAGCUAGACGUAAUCCUUGCUUUUCACCUUUCCAAAAGAAUUUCCUCCAUGAAACCCUCGGUAAGCUCACCAGCGCCCGGGAUCACUCCAGAAGUUGUUGCGAACUACGAAUUGACAAGAGAGAGGGAUUCUCUGACCAGAGUAGGCGUCUCCGUUUCUACUCAGCCCAGCUCCAUAACACUUU